AUGAUGGCAACACUAGCGGCAUACGUCGGAUUUGAUCCAGAAGUACCACGAGGCAAAUAUUUCAACGUGGCCUAUUUCUCAACACAUCCUCUCGCCACUGGACAUGUUCAUACCACCUCGGGAACUGAUCUUUAUGCGCCACUGGACUUCUUCCCAGGCUUUCUAGAGGAGCGUGCUGACCUGGCUGUUUUGGCGUGGGGGUACAAGAGAGCCUGUGAGGUUGCUCGACGAAUGAAGUAUUUCCGAGGGGAGCUUGCUGUCGGACAUCCAAAAUUCCCUGCCGGAAGCGCAGCCGCUAUCGGCAAGGAGACCAUGCCUGUACCUAUUGACGCUCCACAAAUUGUGUACACUGAAGAGGACGAUAUGGCUAUUGACGAGUACCUCAAAUUAACAGUCGCAACAUGUUGGCACUCAAUUGGAACGUGCGGGAUGAAGCCGCGGGAGCAAAACGGUGUAGUUGACUCCAAACUAAACGUAUACGGUACUCAAAACCUGAAGGUUGCCGACUGUAGUAUUACCCCCGCAAAUGUUUCCGCCAACACAUAUAGCGCUGCCAUCGCUAUUGGGGAGAAAGCAGCUGUCAUAAUCGCGGAUGAACUGGGUAUUAUGGGAGUAACGGCAAGGUCGUGA